AUGAGCAUCUUAUUCGGAUACGAUUACUUUGAUACAACAGCAGAAGACCUAGAUAUCCUAAAGCAGAAGUUAACAACAGUCGAGAAGGCACAGCAAGGUAACACGGCAGAGGUUGUCAGACAUACGAACGAGAUUGUAAAACUAAACAGUUUGGGUAAAAACACGGUUCAGUACGACUUUUCCCAAAUACCUGGGUAUCCACCCGGAUUUUUACAAACAUCCACCAUUACAGACACUGAUAAGAAGAAUGCAAAGUUUAUUAGGUUUAGUGUCAGUGGUUAUGAAAUAAAUUAUUCGAGCUUAUCCCCUUUCUAUGGAUUCUACGAAACGAGUAGGGGUACGGUUGUUAUAUUUACAGUCGACCAGAGGAGUAAAAUUAUCCGGACAUCAUUUUCAUUCAUAGUUACCAGCACAAACAUUCAGAUCAAUGGUGUUGAAUUUAAGAACAUAGAUUCUGCCGGAAACGCAACCAACAGAACAAAAGCCACAACCAUAAAUUGCUUCCUUCUGACAACAUAG